CACGCCGCGGCACUCGGCGGCGAGCGGCGGCGCAGCCAUGUGCCCCUGCGCGCUGCACGGCGGCCCCCCCGCGCCCUGCCCCUGCAGCCCCGGCCGCGCCGCACGGCCCUCGGCCGCCGCCCGCCUGGUCGCCGCCCGCCUGCGCCGCCUGGGCGAUGAGCUGGAGCAGCGGGCGGCGCGGCGCAAGGCUCGGGGCCGCGGCCCCUGGGCCGGCCGCCGCCUGGCCGCCGUGCUGUGCCUGCUGUGCGCCCUCACGCCCGCGGCCGCGCUGGCCUGGCUGAGCCGCAGGAGGAGCCUCUAGGCGAGAGGGGCGCUGGCCGGAGCGGGGAGCAGGCGGGACGCGCAACAGGCUGGAGAAAACCCUGUGCCCUUGGAGAAAAUUGUUUCCCCUUUUCCUACAGGGAAUCCAGAGCCUGAGCAGCAGCUGUGAAGAGUGGAGAUAAAGAAAGAAGUGGAAGAUGUUGGAAGUGCUUUGGGCAAUGUGAAGAAGGAUUUGCACGGAAGGAGCUGUUCAAGGGCCCAGCAGCAAAACAGAGACACAUACAUGCUUAUAUAUAGAAGAAUGUAAACCCUCCUGUAUGCAUACGUUAAAACGUGCAUGCCUUGUUGAGAACGUAAGCAACAUUCCUUGUAGAUGAUGGUGGUCUGAGCAUUCAUGCUCCUGCAGUCUGAGUCAAAAGAUUAGUGAUGUCCUUGCUGUAAUGCUAGCAUUUUCUCCACUGCACCUUGUUUAUGGCAACAUAAACAUUCCUUUCAAUGCAGCGGGAUGAAAAAUAAUGUAUACAUCCAGAGUUAAGUAGUAUCUUGAGAGACCAAACUUGCUGCCAAAUGGGCAUGCCCUAGCCGUGGUGGGGGGGAACAGGUGCUUAGCAGCUUGGACAACAGACAGUUUGUGUGUGUAUAUAUUAAGCGCUAUAGCACCAGGUGAGAUAAGCUUUUCUUACGACUUUAGUUUCUCUGGUGCUACAUUUAAUAUUUGUCUGGGGCUAAACUGCCUCUCUGUGGUGCUACAGUUUCCCCAAGAGGAUGUUCUGAAACAUGCGACAAGGAAAAAUCUAUUUUGGUUAUUAAUAUUUAUACACAAGAUGACAAAAUUAAUACUUCUUGAGAAGGUGCUAUUUUUUUUCUUUCCUUCAAUCUCUGCAUAAAUUAAGACAAAACAAAUAAUCUAGCCCAGAACUUUCUAAAACUAAUUUUCUUUGGGGCAGUUCUUUUUGUUUUGAUGGUUCGGAGCUUGGGAAGCAGCGUUCCCUGAGGCGGCAAAGACACACCAGCUCUUUUCACUGCAGUGUACAUGUCAAAGUCUGCGAGUGCAGAAAUUCCUACAGCUCCGGAGCUGGGCAUUCUCCUAGAUGGUGAUUUAAGCAUUCUCAAAUCCUAUGAACCAGGGAAGAGAACUGUAUCUAGGCUAACCAAUGGACUGGGGGACAACAGAACUUGUCCUUCGAAGUCAAAGGGCUUUUUUCAGUCUAGUACUGAGCACUUUUUUCCUUGCAGCCAAAACUACCUGUCAGAUUUAGGAUACCUUCCGGAUGCUCUUUACAGUAAUUAUUAUGCACAGUUUUUUAGAAACAUUUUUCCCAGCUUCAGAUAUUUGCACCAGAAAAUCGAUACCCCACCAAGAGGGGAAUGUUAAGAACCAGAUUUCCAAAGGAAGUUUGGCUCCUUGUCUUUUUAAAAUACUUCCUCACCCUCACCCGGUCAGGGAACAAGCCGAGUGGCCACUGUGUCCCAGUCAAACCUUUCAUUUUUCAUUACUGCAGGAGAAAUGUUUCUAAGCAAUCUAAAAGCAAAAUUCUCCCUUUAUCAAAUAUUCACCAAUGUGUUUUGGGCCCCUGCACACAUAUUCAUGGGUAUUAUUGAUCCAAGUCAAUUCACAAACAGCAGAAAGGGCUAUGCUGAAAGAGCAAAUUGUUCCUAAUGAAGAACCUUGCCCUACUUUAUAUUAUGUGCAGUGUUGGGAGGGGUCACGUAGCUAAGUGUAGUUUGUCUGUUGAUAAGAGUUUGGAUGGUCUCAGAACCACAGGGACCGAUAAAACAAUUUUCCUACAAUUUUUGGUCUGAUGCUUAAUAAUAACUCGGCAUCUUGUACUCCUUCCUGGCUCAGUCUCUUACUGAAAUAAGUAAGAAUUCUUCUGUCAAAAGGAGGAGCCUCAGCUGGUUUCAGCAGUGUUGCAAGUGCUGGAUUAGUGACUGCUGGAUCAGGCAUAGCCUUAAAAAUACAACUUUCUACAAAUUGCUCACAUGAGGAAGUGAAAUUGUGCGUAUGGUAUUGCACAAGUCAAAUUUGAACAGAAAAUAAUUGAUCAGGAGGACUGGAUGCGUAACUUUGCUACACAAGACACGCAGUCCGCAGGUCUUCCCUCCACCCCUACGCUACCUUGCCCCACCCUGUGUGUGCACCCCACAUACACAGAGGCAGGCUUGUGACAAGCCGUCCGGCAUAGGAGCUGGCUUACAUUUCUCGGUGCAAGAGAGAGGGCUCUCCCGCAUACUCCUCCCCUUUAGCAAUUAUUAGCUCCCGAGUUCUGAAUGUUUAAUAAACUCCUCACCUGGAAUAGGCAUUAUUCCCAUCUUCCCUUGCAUCUUGGGUGCAUGCAGUUUGCACUGCCAUCGGUUCUCCUGCCACACCGGCUAUUUGGGUCUGCAGCCCUGAGACUUCUCGUAGCAUUUUUUUCCCAAAGAGGCAUUUCCCCUGAAACAGCACAGCAAAGGAAAAGGGAAGAAAGUUCUGUCCUUACCAUAGAGUAAGCCCCUUAAAUCAGGGUUCAACCGCAGCAGCAAAGCAAUUGGUUGAUCUCCCUCAGUCCUAACGCUCCAGGGACAGGCUUUUCUGUCAAAAAAAAACCAAAAAGAACUCCCAGGGGACCAGUCUCCUCCUUGGUGGUUCCUAAUAUUCAGCAAAAAUGUUAGAAGACACAUGCUGUCCAUUGGUAUUCUCAUGAAACAACAACCAAAUCAAUCGUGUUUCCCAAGUGUAAACAACAGCAGGUCCAGUACCCCAAAUCCUGCUUUAGUCCUGAUUUACUUCACUUCUGUAGUUCUAAACUGGAUGGUUAGUGUGAACCGAGGGUUAAGUUUUGGAGACUUUCAUCUAUUAGUUGCUGGGUCAAGCAAGCUUUGCUGGAGCAGCAGCUUGCCAGCGCUUUAUAGCCAGCAUUCACUGUACAUAAAUCGAAUUACUGACUAGAGGAUAUGUAUUUGUCAAAGCCUUACAUUUUCUGGUAUAAUUGCUAUUCUUGAAUGCCUCCAUUUUUGACAAGGGGUGUUUUUAUCCUUUUUAAAAUACCUGAUUUAACCCUGGUUGAUGUUUGUAUUGGUAAAACAUGCUGUAUACUCCCCUAGUGCUGUUUGUACUGUAUUACAACAGCUGUGUGAGACGGUGGGCGGUUUCCGUACCGUACUAACGGGUAAGAAACCAGCACAGUUCCUCUCUCUCGCUCCUCUUUUUCUUUUUCACAGCAGCCAAGAAGUCAUUGAUUUUGAUUAGCUUCGCAGUUGCGACUCUGUGAAGACUGGGGAGUGCUCUCUAAAUGAAAAAAAAAAGACCUCAUCUUAGGUUUCAGCAGACGGUGCGUGUGCAAGCCAGAGGAGGAGGUUAUGAGAUCAUAGUCUAUAUAGAACGCCGCAUAAUGUGGCUGUGAGGAAAGUCUUUAUUAAUUUUUAAAGCAGCACUCCACCAAGAUAGCUCCCAUCACAUAUUGGAACUUCAUAUUUCAAGUAAAAAAACAGCCUAGUGUGGACUACUAAUCAGCUUCUCUCCUCCUGCCUGUUAAAAUAAGUCCUUUGACUUAACUAAUUCUAGGAUAGCACCGCUGCCUGCAUGGAGACAGCUGGUUACACCCAGGACAGAAUUUAGCCCGUUAAUUCCAGAUUCCUUCCUCUUCUCUCUUCAAUUUAUUUUCAGUACGUAAAAAAAUACAGAAUGGGAACAAGCCUCCUGUCAUACACUUCCAUGUGCCCAGGAGAGGCAUCACCCAAUAAUAACAUACAGCAAAUCACCAAAAUCAAUGAGUUGUCAGUGAUGAGGAAUGAGAAACCCACCAUACUUCUGUUUUAGAGCAUGUAGGCAUGCAGAAAUUGCCCUAAUUUAGCUAAGCCCAUUACUAAAGCAAUUUACUUAAAUCAGAAACUCUUGUUAAAUCAGUUUAAUCUGAUUUGUGAAUUUGCUUUGUCUCUAUACCACGCUAAAAUUAUAAGGGUCUUAAAUGCACUGCAAAAGCAGAAGCAAUCCUUUCUAAUGGAAUUUAUUAUGAACACAUUUGGGUAAAGUGGUGUCAUUUCUAUGUCCAUGUACCCCUUGGAAUCAGGCACUUUUCCCUGCUGCCUCCUAAGAUGAAACAGUUUGGUUAAAUGCUGCUAUUGCUGUAAUCUCGUAGGUUGAGCAGGCAGAGGAGAAUCUCACUUGGAGGUGGUGAGGACACAGGACACAGGAGAAUGGGGAGGCAAGACAGAAGGAGGUAUUUCCCUUCUGAAAAACUGCGCUACCAUGUACAAAGUGGUUCAUUAUGCGGACAGAAUAGUACGUCUGUUUUAAUAUUUAAUUUUAAUUUUCCUACAAAUGGUUUUAAAACAUCUGCCCGUGAUCUUGACAGAAGUCUGAGAUAUAUGUAAUAAACUAUCUGUGGCUCCAAAUUAAAUCCUGGACCCACAGGUUUUGUCCAUGUCAAAACCUCCUGGCUAUAUUCUACCACCACAACAGGUGAACAGUAUCUCCACAACUUUUCUUAGAGCGGCUUUGCUUGCAGCAAAUUCAAUUUUGAAUCCGAGCUUCCAAAUCAGCCUCAUUCUUGUGUAACACUUUGCAAGCCACUGGUUGCUGUGUGCUGAGCUGAAGGUCAGGAGACACGGGCUGUGUUCAUUCAAACUCCAGAAGCCUAGGGAAGUCUGAGUAACAUGGGACUUGAACUUCCUUAGGAAAACACUAGUAUAUCAGCUAGUCUGAACAGAAGAGAGGAAUUCUCGCAUGCUGGUUCUCCUAAUUCUGUCCUGGGCUGAAUGCACAAGCCCUUUCAUUCCAAAAGCUAUCUUUGCCCCGAGUACAGGUAUAUAUCCCUGUUCCCAGCGUAAGACACUCCUGUGCUUCUUCCCUCUGCCAAUCCUGCUGGCUUGAACCACGCGCCAUCUGCGUAACAGGAAUCGCCAUCAGCACAUACCCAAACACACUCCCCCACUCAGGUCUUCCAAACAACAGCUCUGCCCUUAGCAGUUGCGGGAAAAAGCUGACUGUUCCAGUUAAAGCUGCAGAAUUUCCAUUCCCCAUCUGCAAGAGAAACUUAAAAACUACAAAAUACAACACAAGUGAAUAUUUUUUUCUGACAAGAUUUGAAUACAAGAGUGAAUUUUCAUGUAACUCCAAUGAGACUUUGUCAGUGUUCACUCUACAUGAAUACUUGAGUACUUGAAUUUCACAAGUUUUUUUUAAUAUUUACAGAAAGUUACUUUGGAGCUUGAUAAAUAUUCACUGAAAGCAUCUGGGUAUUGAACUGCCAUUUUUAGUUACAUCCAUUAUUAGUUACAGAUGCCACCUAAGUAGAGAGCAAAACCAACUACAAUGGGAUUUAGUUUUCAUGGGUAUUCAUGGCAUAACCUUUCCAAUCAAUUCACAGUUUAUCACAAGAAAAAAUCUUCCCAUCACCUUUAGUCCUUAGGACUAAAUUUUCCAGUCUGCUCCCAGAUGCAUUGCUAACAGAAUAAAACAGAUGAAAUGCAGUGAACACACAAUUCCUUGCACAUUACUGAUUUAGUACUAUUUGGAUGUAAACUCUUGCAGAGUCGCUGUGCAAGUUUCCACCCUCACCAAAGCAAGAGCAA